CGAGGCUCUCCCGCCGCAGUUGUUGCGCUCUUCCGUGCAGGACAUCCCAUCGCUGCUUUGAGAAGCUUCAUGGACGAUCAUUACGACGCAGCUGAAUGCCGUGUCUGUCGUGAAGAAGCUGAACCGCGACGUCCCCUUUUCGCGCCAUGCAAGUGCAAUGGGUCCAUUCGGCAUGUGCACUCGGACUGCUUGAUCCACUGGCUUACAUUCUCGAAGCGCGAUGCGUGUGACCUGUGCAGUCAUACAUUCCUGUUUCGACAAGUCUAUGCCCACGGGUGCCCCGACGUCAUACCUUUCCAUGAGGUUGCCUUGUCUUCCAUCUGGCUCGUCAGUCGCCGCACCUCCGAGUACCUGCGGCUGGUUGCCAUCCUCAUGUUGUGGGUCGUCGUGACCCCCUACUGCCUCAAUUGGUUCUAUCGCCUACGCUCGCCGUCCCUGGCGGUCGUUCGCUUCAUGGACCGCAUCCAACACAUGGACACUGUCGUCGACGACAUCUUCCACGGCCUUGUGUUAAUGGUGACGGUGGUCUUGUCGGGAUUUUAUCUUGUGUGCAUCGCCGAAGACAUCCAACUCGAAUCCAACCGCUUCCACCGCGACGACUUGAUUGCAUCCGGGUGGCACAUUGACGAACACGAACCGGAAGGCGAAUCCGACGACGAAGGCGACGACCAUGACGACCACAUCGGGCUCGCGGCACCGCCGGGGCCACCCCUGCGUCGCAUUCCCCUUCGAGAAGCGGACCACAUGCCGGCCGACGCCGUCCCGCCCGCGCGCAACCCCCCGGCCGAACCUCCUGUCCUUCAUCAUCACCACCAUCACCCUCACGACCAUGCCGCCGACGACGCCGACUGGCUAUGGGACGUCAUGGGGUUCCAAGCGCACUCGACGGUGGCCCUGCGCAACGUCCUCUUCUUCCUCGUCACGAGCAGUGCGUUUCUUGUCCUGUUUGUGAAUGUGCCGCAUACGUUCGGGUCGUUGUAUCUUAGCGCGACCGCCGCCACCACCCUCGGCGGCGGUAUCUUCCCGUCUUCCGUCCUCCCCCAUGCGAUUCGGACGAUCAUGGACGCGGCCAAGGAAGCCGCCAGGACCCGCGGCGACUGCCUCCAGUUGGUCGACUUCAUCCAGUGCUGGACUUCGUACGUAGUGUGGGGGUUUGGCUUGUUUCUGUGGCGCUACCUUCGCGCAUGGAUCCCCAAGCGACGGGACCCUCACAUUGGCAGCGUGUUUGGCCCGCUGAUGUGGGCCCUCUCAUGUCUUUGCGCCGCCGCCAAACUCACGACGCAUCUCGUGCUCAAGGUGUUUGUACUGCCCGUGGUGAUCGGCAUCGCCGUCGACGUGGCCACCCUCCCGCUCUUCCACGCCACUGUCAUGCAUCGCCUAUCGUUUGCCGUGCACCACAUGCUCGCGGCGUACGCGGCGCACUGGGUGCUCGGCAUGUCAUUCAUCCAUUUCAUUUCGGUGGCGGUGCUCCAGCUGCGAGAAGUGCUGCAUCCAGACAUCCUCACUGGGGUGUUGUAUCCCCACGACCCUCAUCAGUACAAAUUCAAGGCCAUUUUGGCCGGCAACGCGCCGACGCAAUACCUGUCGAUGGCCGUGGCCACGUUCAAGUACGCAAUGUUUGUACCAAUUUUAGUGUCCGCUCCAGUGUAUCUCGCGACGUGGUGGUUGCCGGCAUGGGUCUUUCCGUUGGACGUGCACUUGAGCUACCUGUUUGCGAUCGGCCAAGUUCCACUGGAGCUUGCGAUCGCGCACAUCAACGUCCAAGAUUCACUCGACCACUUCGCCCCCACCAUUGGACACCUCCAGACGAAAUGGAUGGCUGUCGUGUGUCGGUGGCUGGGGUUGGUCGAGUUUCUCCUCCCGCGCGUGCCCGCCCUCGUCCCCGGGGACCGCGAUGUGAUCCUCACCCUGCCGGACCUCGUGUUUGAUCCGUUGGACGACCCCCACCACCCCCAACAACGGGGGGAGCAGCCAGCUCCGUACGGGUUCCGGCGCCGGGAAUGGCCCAAGGCUGGGGCCCUGGACACGGCCAGGAUGGAGUACGCGCUUCUGCCGCGCACGUCGCCGAGCUUUGUGCUGGCGCGACUCGUCCUCCUCUGCCUUCUGUGGUGGGGAUGCAUGGUUGCUGCGCUCGUUGCUGUGACACUGGGGCCGUUGGUCGUGGGUCGUCGCGCCACGGCCUUGGUAGAUCGGUUCUUGGGGGGCGGCCACGACCCAAUCAGUCUUGCCAUGGGCGUGGUGGUCCUCUUCAUGUGGAUGUACGCAGCCGAAGUGUGUCGGGUGCUGAUGCUUCCCCAGCAGCAUGUCCAUCCAGCGUUGCGGCAAGCUGGCUAUGGCGUGCACGGGCUGACAAUUUUGGGCUUGAUCAAGGUAGCGGCCGUGUAUUUGGUGGGACUGCCCUACUUGAUCGGGGCGAUCGUGUCGCUGCUGCUGCCAACCUCGACCUGGCCCAGCUUUGUUGAGCUGACGUGCUUUGGCUUUGUGGUGCUGCAAUAUGGCCUGUACUGGGCGUGCUGUUUGAUUCCGUGGGACCAAGGCAGCGUGUUGGACUCGCUCUGUGUGGCCAUGAACCAGAUCCAGUUUCACGUGAUUGCGAGUGACGAAGGCGUUGUCGUGGAAGGGGACGAUGUCGCACACAAGUGUCUCGACUUCGCCGCGUUCGAAGCCAACGUGGUGUGGCCGCUCGCCCGCGUGCUCGUCGCGGGGCUGGCGCUGCCGUUGGCGUGCAGCGUCGUCUAUCAGCUCUGGUUUCAAGGAGUGCUGCACCUCACGCAUGUCCACGUGUUCCGCGCGGCGUUUUUGACCCAAGUCGUGGGGUUGCUGGUGGUUGGCCUGCAGUCGGAAGCUGCUGGCCGAUGGUUCCAGGACCUACGAGAUGCCAUCCGCGACGAGCUGUACUUGGUUGGACGCGAAUUGCGCGACUACGACCCCACGAAACAACAACGCGCCAAGUAAACUGUCCGUGUAUACAGUAUAUAUUUAUCUAUUCAUGCGCCGUUUAUAUGGGCGUUUUGGUGCUACUCACAGUCAAGUACUUCCGAGGUACACGUCCUAGGGCAAAAGUUAUACAAAUCUUGCAUUCGUUCCGCCCAAAAUCUGCAACGUUCGUAUUAAUAUUAAUAAUACCUAUUGUGCUUUCGAGUG